UCUCAUCCAGGGAGGGCUGCUUCUGCUCCCCGGGAAGGAAAGCCUGCCUGCCUGCUUGCCUGCCUGCGCUCCCCAUGGCUGAGAAAGGGCAGAAUGAGUUGCUAAAAGCCCGAGACAGGACCCUGAGCGUCUUCCGCGAAGAAGCAGAACGGGACUGGAAGGGCCCUUUCUAUUUCAUUCAAGGAGCAGAUCCUCAGUUUGGGCUGAUGAAGGCGUACAGCAUCGGCGACUGCAGCAGCGGUGGGGACGAAUGGGAAGCCGAAUUGCAGCUCACCCGGCAAGCGGUGGAAGCUAUCAACCACCUGAACCCGAGACCAAAGUUCCUUGUCCUCUGCGGAGAUUUAAUACAUGGCAUGCCUGGGACAGAAUGGCGAGAGGCCCAAAUCCGGGAUCUAAGAAAUGUCCUGAAGGACCUUAGAAGCGACAUCCCUCUGGUUUUCGUCAGCGGCAAUCAUGACUUGGGGAACACGCCCACGCCGGAAACCAUCCGCAGUUAUUGCCAGCAGUGGGGCGAUGAUUACUUCAGCUUUUGGGUCGGCGGCGUCUUCUUUCUCGUGCUGAAUUCCCAGCUGUACUUCGACGCUUCUCAGUGCUCAGAAUUAAAGGCGGCGCAGGACGCGUGGCUCGAGCAGCAGCUGGCCGUGGCGGAGAAAAAGCAGUGCCGCCAUGCUGUGGUCUUCCAGCACAUCCCUUUCUUCGUCAACGAACCCGAAGAGGACCAUAACUACUUCAAUUUGGAGAAGGCCGUUCGACACGAGCUCAUGGAGAAAUUCUGCCGAGCAGCGACAAUGGGUUCCAAGUAG